CUUUUUUUGGGGGGGGAUAUAAAUAUUUAGUUAUUUCAUACAUAUUAUUAUUAUAUUAUUUUACAUUAUUUUAAUAAUGAAAUCACAUGACAAAUAUUUUACAGGGUAUAUCCAUGAAAAGACAACAUUAAUUCUGCUAUAACUACUCUUUACAGCUUGGUGGCACUGUUACAUUUUUUACGAAAAUAACAUGACCGUAAAUGACGUUCUUUACAAGUCAUCAAAAUAAAAGUCCUGUUAUUUGCAAACCUCAAGAAGAUCCAGUCUAUAUCUGUUAUAUCUGUUAUAAUAAUUUCCCAUAAGGAAUUUAAAAAAAUAUCAAAAUGUAAAUCAGUCAGUCAUUCUGUCAGACUGUUCUCAGAUUUGCUUUUCUAUUAAAUAAUUUAUUUAUUUAUUAAUUCGUGUUUAUUUAAUUUUUUUAUUUAAUUUUUUUUUUACAAAAUACAAAUACAAUAAUUUACCUGUAUCUGUCACAUUAUUACAAACGUGCAUAAUAUGACUUAAAAUUGUUAUAUUGCUUUAAUAUCUAUUAUUUUAAUAUUUAUUUGAUAUUUUUAUUUUGUUGCUGUUGUUGUGCACGGUUAAACUGAACUUUAAUUCUUGAAACAGAGUGUAGUCCAAUCCUCGGCCAUACUGAGCAAGUGUGAGUGUUUCUGGCUUCAGCUCACUGUGUGGGGCUGAUCCUCCUGAAACACUCCUGCACACUCAGGCUGGGCUUUGGAGCAUGCAGAACAUGCUGACAGUGAUAGCAAACGCACUUAAGGGUGGUGCCAAAAUAAAUGUAGGUAUCAUAAUGUAUAUGUGUUUGCUGUAAAUAAGACAGAGCAUUGAAAGAAUCAAGCUCUGUUUAGCUUAGAGGCAUUAAAAGAUUUAGCAAGGCUAAAUUAGAUCUCUGUAGUCUCAUCGACCUUGUAGAUGGUGUAUCAUAAAUGCAGAGUCAUGCUUACUGUAAAUGAAAUAGCCACUGAACUGACCAGUUUUGAUUAAACUGCAGAGUCAUGCCCUGAUUCGGUCUCUCUAUUGUGUGUUAAAUGAACAUAAUUGGUUGUUUUUAGCUUUUCACAGUCUGUGACACUGUCCCAAGUGCAAUUGAGAGUUGGUAUAAUAACUUGUAUGGUCUAACACGGAUGUCAACACGGACCAUAUUGUGGUCUUUUUCUGAUAUGCAGUCUUUCUACUAUUUAUGUACUAUUUAUGUUCAUUUACAGUAUGUAAAUACAAUAUGUGUCUACCUUUUUGCUUGUUUUAUAGGGUGCCCAAACAGUGUCAGAGGGCUCAAGAGUUGUGAUAUCAGCACGUUCUUUUGCUAACUUGACCCCUCAAGCCAGAGAUGUGAUCUUCAUCGCUUGGAUGAAGGCCCUUCGGUGCAGACGGUGCUCACCAGAGAGGAUGGACUCAGGUACUACCGCACUAUGCAAACCAUGAGACGCAUGGAGCUGAAGGCAGAUCAGCUGUACAAGCAGAAGAUCAUACGAGGAUUCUGUCAUCUUUAUGAUGGCCAGGAGGCCUGUGCCGUAGGCAUUGAGGCUGGUAUCAAUCCCACAGAUCACCUGAUCACAGCAUAUAGGGCUCAUGGUUACACCUACACUAGAGGUGUGUCUGUGAAAGAGAUCAUGGCAGAACUCACAGGUCGAAGGGGUGGUGUUGCCAAAGGCAAGGGUGGCUCUAUGCACAUGUAUGCCAAGAAUUUCUAUGGCGGGAAUGGUAUUGUUGGUGCCCAGGUGAGAUGCACGCACCAUAAUUUACAAGAAUAUUACAUCAGGCAUUUUUUAAAUCUAAAUUUUACUGUUUUGAAGGUUCCUCUUGGGGCAGGUGUGGCCCUUGCGUGCCAGUAUCAGGGUAAGAAUGAGGUUUGUGUCACUCUGUAUGGGGAUGGAGCUGCUAAUCAGGGCCAGAUCUUUGAGUCGUUUAACAUGGCAGCUUUGUGGAAACUCCCCUGUAUUUUCAUCUGUGAGAAUAAUAAAUAUGGCAUGGGGACAUCAGUGGAACGAGCCUCAGCCAGCACAGAUUAUUACAAGAGAGGAGACUACAUUCCUGGUCUGAGGGUGGAUGGUAUGGAUGUUCUCAGCGUGAGAGAGGCAACCAGGUUUGCGGCAGAUUAUUGCAGAUCUGGAAAGGGUCCCAUACUAAUGGAGCUCCAGACAUAUCGUUACCACGGCCACAGCAUGAGCGAUCCUGGGGUCAGUUAUCGCACACGUGAGGAAAUUCAGGAAGUUCGCAGUAAGAGUGACCCUAUCACUGUGCUGAAGGACCGUAUGAUUAGUAACAACAUGGCUAACCUGGAAGAGAUUAAGGACAUUGAUGCUGAGAUUCGUAAGGAGAUAGAAGAAGCAGCACAGUUUGCUACCUCUGAUCCAGAGCCCCCGCUGGAGGAUUUGUGCAACCACAUCUUCUACAAUGAUGCACCUUUAGAGAUCAGAGGCACCAACCCUUGGAUGAAGCUGAAAUCCAUCAGCUAAAGAACCUACUGAUAAUUCAGCACUUCAUUCCUCAUAGUACGGAUGGGAGCUUUGUUCCUAAACCUAUACGCACAAAAAGAUGGAUGAAAUUGUUUAUCCAUAAAGUCAUAAUUACAUUCCAUAACCGCUGUUAUUGCCUCUCUAAUUAGCAAUCAGUUUGGCAGACUAUUAAUAUAUUAGAAAACACAUAGCACAACGUACAGCAAUAAAUAUUUAGAGCAAUACUGGAAAAAUAGAUUACGAAUAAAUUAAUGGGCAUCAUCUUUAGUUGUUAAUGUAAAAUCAAAGGCCUCUGAAUGAAAUGUAGGCCUAUUAAAAAUUGUUUGUAACAAUGAUACAAUUUUCAUGUCCUAUAUUGGUGUGAUGCUGUAAUUUCUUGAAUUAUGAGUUCAUUUGUCAUUUUAAUAACCUAAAUUUCUGUUAGUAGCCUACCAAAACUUUCACUAGCACCUUAGCUAAAGCAAAUAUUAGUCAGCACAUUUGCCCAUACAAAAUCUGUAUUCUGGAUUUCAGAACACUACAAUGGAUGGAAUGAAUAAAUAUGUAAUAA